AUGCUGACUGGAACCUUUCAUGUGCUAGACAUCUUCGCCGAGUCGGCCUCAUGUGGCUUUUCUGUUCUCUCUCCAUUUUGCCUGCACCUACUUGCGCCAAAUGAAGGCGAGCUGACGGAUCUGCGUACUGCCCUCGUCUCAAACAUCAAUCUGGCCAUCGUGGCCGUCCGACUGAGCAUUCAUCGUUACCUGGAUCAAACGGAUCCCACCCUCUGGGAGAACAUUGGCAGCUUCGCCCAGGUUGUUCUCGAGCAACCCUACAAACUCUGGCAGUUGGAGGUAUGGCGUCUUGAAUUCACCCUUUUCUGGCCCCUUUAA